AUGGCACCUCAGGUUGAGAUCUCAAUACCCAACACGACAGUUGCAGGGACAACGAAACCGUACACAGUCUACAAUGUUACCCUCCGACUUCCUCUUCGUUCCUUCACCGUCCAGAAGCGCUACUCCGAUUUCGUCGUCCUGCAUAAUGGACUUACCGACCAGGUCGGUUCGCCGCCUCCUGUCUCGCUUCCCCCUAAGGUCUGGUUCUCGAAAACCGUCUCAAACCCAGAGCUCACGGAGGAACGGCGGCAAAAGUUGGAGAAGUACCUGAAAACAAUUAAUGAGGCAGAAGACUCACGGUGGCGCAUGACGAGUAUCUGGAGGGCUUUUCUGAACCUACCAAGUUCCUUUGCCAGCCAGACGUCAAGUAAAGCCGGAGCUCUGCACUCGGUUAUCACAGGGCCAGGAGGAGGGGGCGCGCCCAUUACAGAUCCCGUUGUUUGGCUGGAUUGCUACCGAGAUCUCAAAACACACCUGCAAGAUGCCCGUCUGAGCCUGACCAACCGCGACCAAGCCUCGACUCCUCAGAAACAGCACGAGGCCAGCGCCGCGGCCAAGAGUAGUCUGGUCAAGGCGGGGUCGAUGAUUUCCGCUUUAGAGGAGGGUCUUGCAAAUAUUCAAAAGGCGACAAAUGGUGAAUGGGGGGUGCAAAGACUGGGAGAUGGCGAGAUAAGGAGGAGAAAAGACUUGCUCGCAUCGGCCAAGAAGGAUCGCGACGGACUCGAAAAUCUCUUGAAUGCCAUGGCCACCAAAUCAAAACUAGACACUGCUGUCGCCUCUAUGCAAGAGACACAGGAGCUCAUUGGUACCAAACCCAAGGCUAGUGGGCGGGUGUUGGGAAAGGAAACCACCGAGACCAGGGAAUUGGACAACCAAGGCGUGUUACAGCUGCAGAAACAGAAGAUGGCAGAACAGGACCUGGAUGUCGAAGAACUGGGGAAGAUUAUUCACAGACAGAAGGAAUUGGGCAUCGCCAUCAAUCAAGAGCUUGAAGUGCAAAACGAGAUGCUGAGAAUGGUGGACGAAGACGUCGACCGUGUACAGGGCAAGAUCAAUAUUGCGAAGAGAAGGAUAGGCAAAAUCUCCUAG